AUCACUCCCUUCAACAACGUUAACUCAUCCCAUCUCUCUCCCUCUCUCUCUCUCAAAAUCUCUCUCAUUUCUUACCACAACUAAACUACCAAACUCAGCUUGUCAAAAUAGAUACAUAACACACUCAUCAUGGCUGCUUCUGCCACUUCUGCAAGUACAUGGGCUAAACCCAAAAUCUAUUCUUCACAGAGAGAUUCACCUAGAAAAACCAAUGUAAAUUGUGCUAUACAAUCAUCGCCUUCUAUUCUUCAUUUCCCGAAACAAUCCAAGCAAAAAUAUCAAACGCCUUCGAUUCCCACUACCAUUGUACAACCAAAACAUCAAGAUUCUUCAUCUUCUGCGACCCCAAAAUGGAAUUUUCUGCAAAAAGCAGCUUCGAUGGCCUUAGAUGCUGUCGAAAACAUAAUCAUUUCACAAGAACAAAGCCACCCUUUACCAAAAACAGCUGACCCACAAGUACAAAUCUCCGGGAAUUUUGCUCCUGUACAAGAACAACCAGUCCAGCACCACCUCCCUGUCACCGGGAAAAUACCCGAAUGCAUUUCCGGUGUCUACGUUCGAAACGGGGCUAAUCCUCAUUUUGAACCAACCGGAGGGCACCAUUUUUUUGACGGGGAUGGCAUGGUCCAUGCCGUCAAAUUUAAAGACGGGGAAGCUAGCUAUGCUUGCAGGUACACUGAAACAGAGAGACUCAUCCAGGAGCGUAAUUUGGGUCGAACUGUUUUUCCCAAAGCCAUUGGUGAGCUCCAUGGCCAUUCAGGGAUAGCUCGACUUGCUCUGUUUUAUGCUCGUGGCCUUUUCGGACUUGUUGAUCAUUCUCAGGGCACCGGAGUGGCUAAUGCUGGCCUGGUUUAUUUUAACAACAGGCUGUUAGCUAUGUCGGAAGAUGACUUGCCUUAUCAUGUUCAAAUCACUCCUAAGGGUGAUCUUAGGACUGUCGAGAGAUAUAGUUUUGAUGGUCAGUUGGAUUCUACUAUGAUUGCUCACCCGAAAAUUGAUCCUGAGACCAAUGAGCUUAUUGCAUUAACAUAUAAUGUUAUUCAAAAGCCUUAUCUCAAGUAUUUUCGGGUUUCGCCUGAUGGUGUGAAGUCCUCGGAUGUGGAUAUUGAAUUGGCUGAUCCAACUAUGAUGCAUGAUUUUGCAAUUACGGAGAAUUUUGUGGUAAUUCCUGAUCAGCAAGUUGUUUUCAAGAUUUCAGAAAUGAUACAAGGUGGAUCGCCUGUUGUGUAUGAUAAGGAGAAAGUUUCGCGUUUCGGUGUGUUGGACAAGUAUGCGAAAGAUGGGUCGGGGAUCAAGUGGGUUGAGGUUCCAGACUGUUUUUGCUUUCACUUGUGGAAUGCUUGGGAGGAUAAAGAGAGUGAUGAAAUUGUGGUGAUUGGGUCUUGUAUGACUCCAGCUGAUUCGAUUUUUAAUGAAUGUGAUGAAGGGUUAGAAAGUGUUCUUUCUGAAAUCAGGCUGAAUUUGAAGACCGGAAAAUCGACCCGUAGGGCAAUCAUUUCGCCUGAAGAUCAAGUUAAUUUAGAGGCAGGGAUGGUGAAUAGAAACAAGUUGGGAAGAAAGACACAAUUUGCGUACUUGGCUAUUGCCGAGCCGUGGCCUAAAGUGUCUGGUUUUGCAAAAGUAGACCUUUUUAAUGGCGAAAUCAAGAAGUUCUUCUAUGGGGACAACAAAUAUGGAGGCGAGCCUCUUUUCCUUCCAAGAAACCCCAAUUCGGAGAAUGAAGAUGAUGGGUACAUAUUAGCUUUUGUUCAUGACGAAAAGGCAUGGAAAUCAGAGCUUCAAAUAGUUAAUGCCAUGACUCUAGAGUUGGAGGCCACAGUGAAGCUUCCAUCAAGGGUGCCAUAUGGUUUCCAUGGCACUUUCGUAAGUGAAAAAGAUCUAGAAAAACAAGCCUAAUCCCCAGAUUGGCUUGUUACAGUUAGUUUAUUAGUUUGAUUGUGAUUGCUUGCAGCCGAGAUUUACCAGAGGGAUUGAUCACAUAUUUGUCCCCGGAAAUCUCCGAGCUGUUAUAAAUACGAACCUUCUUUGUCACAGAAGCGUUCUGAUAGUAUUAGUGUUUAUUUGUAAUGAUUUCAUGGGAAGUUUUGAAGCGGCAGCUUGUAGCUUGGGGUGUAGGUAGAAUUUGAGCUCAGCUGCUUUCUUCCUUAUUCUUUCCCAUUGUUGUUGUGCAUAAAUUACAAGUACUAUAUGAAAUAUGAUAAUUUACUAC